AUGACGGAGAUCAACUACGAAAACGGCAAGCCAACAUUCAAAGGUAACAAUGUUGUAAAGUGUUUUAACAACGAUGGCAACGGUCUUCUCUUCCGCAUUAUCAAUGAAAAGAAAAAACAAUGGGCCUUUUACAACGACACAAAGGAUUACAAUAUGAUUGUACAGUUAUACUUUGGCAGGGACAGUAAAGUAAGGCCACUGGGAAAGACAAAGAUGGAAACUGACUCAUCGACAGGAGAUCUCAAGUGUGAACUUAACGUUCCACCUCUUAAGACAGAGGUGUUCAUUGAAGGCUCUCCCAACGGCUACAGAUUAAAGCUGGACGCCGAUCCUAUUGAUAAAUCAUAG